AUGUCGCACCAACCGUUGACCGACGACCAAGUCGGUCAGGAGCUCCGCAAGAUGACGGCCUUCAUCAAGCAGGAGGCGAUGGAGAAGGCCCGCGAGAUCGAGAUUAAGGCCAAUGAGGAGUUCGCAAUCGAAAAGUCUAAGCUCGUCCGCCAGGAGACGGAUGCCAUCGACGGGCAGUACGAGAAGAAGUUCAAGCAGGCCCAGAUGUCCCAGCAGAUCACCCGCUCCACCGUCUCCAACAAGACGCGCCUCAAGGUCCUCGGCGCCCGCCAGGAGCUCCUUGACAACAUUUUCGAGGACGCCCGCAAGAAGCUGCCCUCCGCCACCAAGGACAAGGCCAAGUACCAGGCCACUCUCAAGAACCUGGUCCUAGAGGGUCUCUACGCCCUCGCCGAGCCCGAGGUCGUCGUCCGCGCGCGGAAAGCCGACUUCGAUGCCGUCAAGAAGGCCAUCGACGACGCCGUCAAGGACUACAAGAAGGAGGUUGGCAAGGACACGGCCGCCAAGGUCGACGAGUCCAACCCCUUGCCCGCGGAGAGUGCUGGAGGUGUAUUCAUCAUUGGCGGAAAGGGAAAGAUUGAAAUCAACAACACAUUCGAGGAACGCCUAAACCUGCUCCAGGAAACCGCUCUGCCGGCCGUUCGCGAGACCCUGUUUGGAAAGAACCCCAACCGCAGAUUCACCGAUUAA